AUGGACGAACAGGUGUUCAAAGGAGACCCAGACACCCCUCAUUCCAUCUCCUUCUCUGGAAGCGGGUUCCUCUCCUACUACCAGGCGGGGGCCGUGGACGCUCUGCGAGAUCUGGCCCCGAGGAUGCUGGACACCGCCCAUCGCUUUGCAGGGACCUCAGCUGGCGCUGUGAUUGCGGCCUUGGUCGUCUGCGGGAUUGAGAUGGAGGAGUACCUCAGAGUGCUAAAUAAGGGCCUGGCCGAGGUGAAGAAGUUCUUCCUGGGACCUCUGUCUCCGUCCUGCAAGAUGGUACAGAUGAUGCGACGGUUUUUGUACGACGUGCUCCCGGAGGACUCUUACAAGUUCGCCACCGGGAGGCUGCAUGUGAGCCUCACCCGAGUCACGGAUGGAGAGAACGUCGUGGUUUCCGAGUACCGGUCCAAGGAAGAGCUCAUCGAGGCCCUGUAUUGCAGCUGCUUUGUUCCUGUCUACUGUGGUCUCAUCCCCCCAACGUAUCGGGGCGAGAGAUACAUCGACGGCGGUUUCACAAGCAUGCAGCCCUGCGCCUUCUGGACAGACUCCAUCACCAUCUCCACCUUCAGCAGCCAGCAGGAUAUCUGCCCCAGGGACUGCCCCGCCAUCUUCCACGACUUCCGAAUGUUCAACUUCUCCUUCCAGUUCUCCUUGGAGAAUAUCACCCGCAUGACACACGCGCUGUUCCCCCCGGAUCUGGUGAUCCUGCAGGAAUACUACUAUCGGGGAUACGAUGACGCUGUCUCAUACCUGCGGAGGCUGAACGCCUCGUAUCUUGACUCCCCCAGCAAGAGAGUGCUUUUCCCGAGGGUGGAAAUAUACUGCCAGAUAGAGGUCGCCCUUGGCCACGAGUCCCCGCCUCCCAGUCUGCAGAGACCCUCGGCACAGAGGAGGAGCCCGGAAGACGCCUCACAAAACCAUGUACAGGGGGCUCCCAAUGAGGACAGAAGGGACAGCCAUUCCCCAGCAGCCCCCUCAGGGCAGACACCUGAAUCUGGGUGCAAGGGGUGUGUGGAAUCACCCGAGUCACCACAGGUCUCUUCAUCCAAGCAGCCGUCCACACCGCCAUUGGCCCCAGCCCAGCCGGGCCCCCUAAUGAGGCCCACUGGCCACAGUGACAGUUGUCCAACAAAUCUUCAAACUCCAGACCUGGAACAAGGAGUGAAGGGUGACCCUCACCUGGACUCAGCCACCGAUGACCAAAGCACAAACAGCUUGCCGCCUGUGUUGCUCCCAGCUGCAGACUCACACGGCUCAAAGGCUGGAUCCGCUGUGCCUGUUGGGUCACCUGAGUCCCCUGGACUGCUGCUCAGAUCCCCCCAGGGAACCACAGCAGUCAGGGUGACACCUGGACUUCUGCCCCUAAGUCCUUCACCACCACCUGCCCUGCUGCCUGUGGAGGACCUAGGCCCAGAAGGACCCACAGCUACAGGGUCUACCGGCUCUCGGCUGACGGGCUCAGCAGCACCAGGUACUGGGAAAGAAGCCCCCCGCAAGCCUCUACUGGCGGAGAGUCCUGCAGAUUCAAACACAGCAAAAAAUAUGUUCAAGAGGAAACAGAAAACAAACGCCACCAGAGAGUGCUUCCCAAGAAACCCUGGGUCCAAGAAGCCAGCUAGCAAACUUCAGUCUGCACCUUGUCCUCUUGACUUUGCUGCGCUCCCCCAGACCGUUUGGAUCACCUACAAACCUCAUCCCAGCCGGAUCCAAGAGCACGGCUGCCCCGAGGUAUGA